GUCUCUUAUCGGUGUCGCGAAUAAAUAAUUAUGAGAUACCUGAUUUUAGUUUUAUCGUGCAUUUUUGCACCAUCUUAUGGCAUGGAAUUCCUCAAUAACGGGCCAUAUAAAAUUCCCGCUUUAGGAUUAGGAACGUUCUCUGUAAGAGAUGAAGUUGAACUUACAUCCGCCCUUAAUGAGGCCCUUGAAACGGGCUACCGUCAUUUCGAUACGGCUGCUAUUUACAUGAACGAACACAUAGUCGGUAAAGUGCUAAACGAGUGGAUAUCCUCCGGUAAACUAAAAAGGGACGAAUUGUUUAUAACAACUAAGUUAUCAUUAUUCGAUGAACAGCCGGGGUUGGUGGAAAAUGCCAUAAAGACUUCGUUGAAGAAGCUACAGUUAGAUUACAUUGAUUUGUGGCUGAUUCACUUUCCCGUUGCCGUACAAAUAACGGUAGAGAAAGAGGCUAUAACAUUACCUACCGAUUUAGAGGGAGUUUGGAAAGAGAUGGAACAGCAGGUGGCCCUCGGCAGAACAAGAACGAUAGGAUUGUCGAAUUUCAAUAUAUCUCAAAUCAAACGGAUUCAAAACGUAGCCAAGAUCAAGCCAGCAAAUCUCCAAAUCGAAACGCACUUGUACUUCCAACAAAAUAAAUUGCGCUCCUUCGCUAGAAAAAACAACAUCACCGUCGUUGCGUACUCGCCAUUAGCAUCUCCUGCUAUGCCGCAGUUUUAUAAAGAAGCGCUGACCAGCGGUGCUCCGUUGCCCAACAUCUUCAACGAUUCUGCAAUAAGCGCGAUCGCCAAGAAACACAAGAAAACGAACGCCCAAGUCGCUCUAAAAUAUCUCUUACAAUCCGGAUUAGUAGUCAUUCCGAGGAGCACAAAUCCCAAACGAAUUCGAGAGAACUUCGACAUUUUCAAUUUCCACUUGGACGAUGGGGAUAUGUUGGCUCUGAAACGGUUGGAUAGAGGCAAAAAGGCCAAAGUGUUCCUAAUGCUCAAUUUGGCGAAAGAGAUGACCAAACAUCCUGAAUAUCCGUUCCGUGAAAAUUUGCCGUAAAUGCAGUGGGUUUAAUGUUAGAGUAAAAUAAAUUUUUAGUAUAAAUUUAUGUAUCUUUAGAAAUUAGGUAAUAUAUUUUGAGCAAUA